AUUACGGAUAUUAUUUUUAUAAUUUUAGGUUUACUUCUCCCAAGAAAUGGGCCUAAAAUCAUCUACGUUGCUCCAAGAAGAAGACAUUGAAGAAAUUCAACGAGAAACUGGGUUUUCUCCUAAACAGAUCACCCGAUUAUACAGUCGAUUUCUUAGCCUUGACAAGGGAAAUCAAGGAACUUUAAGUCGAGAGGACUUUCUAAGAAUACCUGAGCUGGCAAUCAAUCCACUUGGUGAUAGAAUCGUUGAUGCAUUCUUCAUGCAUGAUAACAAUGCGGAUGAAUUUGUAGAGUGUAAUUUCAAACAAUUUGUAAAGACUUUGGCACACUUCAGACCAUACGACCCAAAUACGCCAAACCUGCUCAAUUCUAGAGAUGAAAAAUUAAAGUUUACUUUUAGAAUUUAUGAUAUUGACAGUGAUGGGAAAGUCUCUAAGGAUGACCUUUUGUCAAUUCUGCAUAUGAUGGUUGGUGUUAGUAUCAGUGAUGAACAACUAGGUGCCAUAGCAGAAAGAGCUCUUACAGAUGCAGGUUGUGAAAAUGGAGAAGCUAUUUGUUUUGAUGUUCUUAAAAAGGUGAUGAAGGAUGUUGACCUCAAUGCCAAGAUGAGCAUCAGAUUCUUGGCAUAAACUUUUACAUUACAGAACUUACCAACAAAACAUUAGAAUGAUGUUACAAAAUGUGAGCAUUGUAAAGGAUCUCUGAUGAAUGGACAAAGAUGAGGGAUAUUUUAUUAGUAGACAAUGUUUCAAAGGCAUUUACUGUAUUGAAUUCAAAAUAGAUAUCACAUGAUGAAAACUAGUUAAGUACACACACCUUUGCUAGAAGUGUUUUAUUUAUUCAUAAUUGCCAUGGUUUUAUAUUUUCACUUAAAGAUUAAGUGUAAUGAAUUCAAAUCUGAAUAGACCAAUGAUUUAUUCAAACCAUUUCUGACUUCACCUACAUGUACCUACUUCUUCUGCUAACUCUUAUAUGGAAUGGUAACUAAGCAUCCAAGUAAGAUGAUCAGUGAGCCUGUUUAGUUUGAAUAUUGUGCAAGAAUAAAUGAACCGAAUAAAUAUAUCUAUCAUUACCAGCCUUUCAGAAUGGCAUUGAGAUCUAAGGAAGAAUUCUGAGUCAUGAUAGAAAGUUAGGAUUUUGACUGGCCACAUACAACUUGAAUGACAGCAACUCAACCCAAAUUAAAAUGGCUAUAGUUUACUAAGUGCAUUGUUACAUAAAUAACUCACAAUAAUGCAUGUAUAAUAAUUAGUGUAAAUAAAACUAUAAUUUUGUUCA